AACUUUGCUUAUGUAAAGCAUCACCUCAGGGCGCCUUUAGACGUUCUAAAGAUCCUGUCGGACCCCUAACUAAAUAGGAAUCCCCAGAGGGUGGGGCUCAGGGAUCACUAUUCCGUAAGGCUGCCCAGAAGAUUCCGACGUGCAGCUAAGCGCAAGAACCACAGACUGGGAGCCGAGGCGUGGGGGUCAAGGUGGCGCGGCCUUCCGCGAAGCGUGAUAACGGAGACAAGCUCCGAGGAUUCCUCGCCUCCACGCCGCUCCCUGGCCAUAAUGUGUGGGGCCUUUAAUCAACGAUGGCGGGGAUAGGCCUGUCCUGAGGGCAGCAACACGCCCGGCGCUGCCGAUCCAGUGGGAAACUCCGCAGAGACAGGCUCCCGGCCAAUGAGCGAGGCUGCAGGCGCCCGGAGCCCACCCCGCUCCGCAGAGAGCCCUCGCCCCCAGUCAGCAAGGCCCCGCCUCCGGGCUGGAAGGCCCCGCCCCUGGGCGGCUGCCCCCGCGAGAGUGCGGUCGUGAAGGGCGAGGUCUGCUCCCGCGCUCGCGCUCGCCUUACUCUCGACUUCCCUCCGCCAGCUGUCUCGCGUGGCCCGGGUCUCUGGUCGCGCGCGCGGCCUCAGGGCAAGAUGAGGCAGGCGGCGCUGCGGCUUUGUACCACCUUGGGCAAGGGGCUGCGUGCUCCUGGCAGAGGACUCACUCAAGGAUCCGAGAAUCCCGAGAAACAGAAAGUCCUCCACAUGCAUGAAGCAUGUUCACCUAUACAUGUGAAUCACGUUCGUGAUAAGUUGCGGGAGAUAGUAGGAGUCUCCACAAACUGGAGAGACCAUGUGAAAGCAAUGGAGGAAAGAAAAUUACUUCAGAGUUUUUUGGCUCAGUCACAGAAAGGACUGCCACCCAGGAGAAUGAAAGACAGUUAUAUCGAGGUUCUCUUGCCUUUGGGUAGUCAGCCUGAAUUACGAGAGAAAUACUUGACUGUUCAAAACACCAUCAGAUUUGGCAGGAUUCUUGAGGAUCUUGACAGCCUAGGAGUUCUCAUUUGCUACAUGCACACCAAGAUUCAUUCAGCUAAGGCGUCUCCUCUGUCUAUAGUUACAGCCCUGGUGGACAAGAUUGAUAUGUGUAAGACGAGCUUAAGUCCAGAACAGGACAUCAAGUUCAGUGGCCAUGUCAGCUGGGUUGGGAAGACAUCCAUGGAAGUGAAGAUGCAAAUGUUUCAGUUACACGGCAAUGAAUUUUGUCCUGUUUUGGAUGCAACCUUUGUAAUGGUGGCUCGUGAUUCUGAAAAUCAAGGGCCGGCAUUUGUAAAUCCACUCAUCCUUGAAAGCCCAGAGGAAGAAGAACUCUUUAGACAAGGAGAAUUGAACAAGGGGAGAAGGGUUGCCUUCAGCUCCACGUCAUUACUGAAAAUGGCUCCCAGUGCCGAGGAGAGGACAACCAUACAUGAGAUGUUUCUUAGCACGCUCGAUCCAAAGACUAUAAGUUUUCAAAGUCGAGUUUUACCCCCUCAUGCUGUGUGGAUGGAGGAUUCAAAACUGAAGAGCUUGGAAAUUUGCCACCCUCAGGAGCGGAACAUUUUCAAUCGGAUCUUUGGUGGUUUCCUUAUGAGGAAAGCGUAUGAACUUGGAUGGGCUACUGCUUGUAACUUUGGUGGUUCCCGACCGUUUGUAGUAGCAGUGGAUGAUAUCAUGUUUCAGAAACCCGUUGAGGUUGGAUCACUGCUGUUUCUUUCUUCGCAGGUUUGCUUUACUCGGGACAAUUACAUUCAAGUCAGAGUGCACAGUGAGGUGGCCUCUCUUGCGAAUAAAGAGCAUAUGACCACCAAUGUCUUCCAUUUCACGUUCAUGUCAGAAAAAGAAGUGCCCUUGGUUUUCCCCAGAACCUACGGAGAGUCCAUGUUGUAUUUAGAUGGGCAGCGGCAUUUCAACUCCAUGAGUGUACCGGCGAACUUGAGAAAGGACUACCUUGUGGAGCCCUAGGAAAACCAUGCUUGUUUAAGAGCAGCCCUCCACGGUGGCAUAGUGCCCGGUGAAAGCCCGAUCAAGUGUUUUGGUUUCAGUCUUUAUUCUCAUCCUCUGUUGAGAAGAAGAAUGUAUUCAACCUUUAGGAUGAUCAGCAAAGCAGAACAAGAGAGUGGCUGGGUGGGGCGGAGGAAGAGGGAGUUAUUAAACAAUAAACACUCUCAAGACAAUUUAAAUUAGAAACCUA